CUACCAUACUUUUGUGAACGAAUGUAAGAUAGUAAUUUAAUAGUCGUCAAACGUCUUUUACUCUACCAUACUUUUGUGAUUAAAGCUACAUAUCUUUUUGUUUUCCACGCAAUAAUUUUCGUCUUUUAGAUGAAAUAUUGAAGUACCUUUUCCGAAAAAAUAAAAAUAAAAAGAAAUAAAAGAAAAGAAAAGGUUUCAGUUAGUAUAAAUGGGGGUCAUCACAUGGCUAGAGAGCAUAAAGAAAACCAACCUUUGGUGUUUAUUGUAAGUGGUUAUCUUCACCGGCCGCUUCUGAAAAUGAUCACGGGAGAAAUGUUGUUUAAACGUUUCAAAGUGUUGGUUUUUUUUAGUAAUAUUGUGCUUGAAAAUGAAACCAGCUCUUGGAUUAUUCAGUAAUUCAAGUGUUGGUAAAGUAGUGAGGUGCAUAGAGAGGGAGAGAGAAGCUCUCCUUGAGUUUAAAGAAGGGGUCAUUGAUGAUUAUGGCAUUCUCUCUUCUUGGGGAAACUCAACUGAAGACUGCUGCAAAUGGAGAGGAGUCCGGUGUAGCAACCGCACUGCUCACGUGACUGUGCUUGAUCUUCUUGGCUUGGAUCAGCCUUUGGGAGGUAAGAUUAGUCCUUCAUUGCUUGAAUUGCAGCAUUUGAAGUAUUUGGACCUCAGUUUCAAUUAUUUUGAAGGGAACAUCCCAGAAUUCAUUGGUUCCUUUAGCAGUUUACAAUACCUCAAUCUUUCAAAUAAUUUUUUUUUUGUUGGUACGAUUCCUAAUCAGUUUGGGAAUCUUUCCCAAUUGCGUUCUCUUGAUUUGGGCAAUAAUUAUGAAGUGAGUGUAAGAAGUUUAGAGUGGGUUUCUCAUCUUUCUUUAUUAAGAUACCUUGAUCUGAGAUGGCUUAAUCUUGGGAAUGCAAUAGAUUGGAUGGAAGCAACCAAUAAGCUCCCUCUCCUAACCGAAUUGCACUUGAGUCAUUGUCUUCUCCCUCUCCCUGGUAUCAUUUCACCCCAACUUCCAUUGAUAAAUUCUUCUGCAUUGUCCCUUGCUGUCCUUGAUCUAUCCGACAAUUAUUUCAAUUCUUCAUCAAUAUACAGUUGGUUGUUCAAUUUCAAUACUAGUCUUGUUCAUGUAGACCUUUCUUAUAACAAUUUACAAGGUCCCAUCCCUGAUUCUUUCGGAAACUUGAAUUCCCUUGCCUUUCUUGAUCUCUCUGAAAAUCAACUUGAAGGUAGGAUUCCCAAAGGCUUCCAUUCAUUGAGAGAGUUGUAUCUCUCUAACAAUCAACUUGAAGGUGCGAUUCCAAAAUCCAUUGGGAACUGUACUAGUUUACAAACAUUGAAUUUGGGCUGGAAUCAACUUGAAGGUGCGAUUCCAAAAUCCAUUGGGAACUGUACUAGUUUACAAACAUUGAAUUUGGGCUGGAAUCAACUUGAAGGUGGAAUUCCAAAAUCCAUUUGGAACUGUACUAGUUUACAAACAUUGAAUUUGGCUUCGAAUCAACUUGGUGGUUCACUGCCUCACAGUAUAGCAAGACUUUCAUCUUUGAAGGAAUUGGUUGUGUCUCGUAAUCAAUUGAGUGGGUCCUUACCAGAUUUUAAAGGAUUAUCUUCAUUGAGAGUGCUGGAUCUUUGGGACAAUCGAUUGAGUGGGUCUUUACCAGAUUUAAAAGGAUUAUCCUCAUUGAGAGAGUUGUCUCUUUCAGACAAUCGAUUGACUGGACCACUACCCAAAAGUAUUGGGCAACUUUUAAUGCUUGAAAUUUUGGACGUCUCUUCAAAUUCUUUACAAGGUACAAUCUCCGAAACCCACCUCUCAAAUCUCAACAACUUGAAGUAUUUGAUCUUGUCUGGUAACUCCCUAUCUUUAAACAUCAGUUCUGAUUGGAAUCCUCCUUUUCAACUAGAUGUCAUAAACUUGCGGUCUUGCCAGUUGGGCCCUCGUUUCCCAAACUGGCUUCUAACUCAAAACAAUUACUCUCAGCUUGAUAUCUCUUAUUCUGGAAUUUCAGAUGUUGUCCCUAAGGAGUUUUGGAAUUUAUCUCCUCAACUGUAUUACAUAAAUAUCUCCUCCAACCACAUGAAUGGCAUAGUGCCUGAUUUGACGUCAUUGAAAACAGUUUUUUAUCCUAUACUAGAUUUGAGCAAUAAUAGCUUUGAAUGUCCAAUGCCACUAUUUCCUCCCAACGUCACAGUUUUGAAUCUCUCUAAAAAUAUGUUUUCUGGGUCAGUUUCUUUCUUAUGCAACAUAACCAAUGGGUUUAUCAGCGUUCUUGAUCUCUCAGAUAAUCGAUUGUCAGGGGAGCUUAUUGAUUGCUGGAUGCAUAUGGAUGGAUUAGUCAUCCUUAAUUUGGCUAACAAUAAUUUCUCUGGAAAAAUUCCUAGCUCUAUGGGUUUCCUCAAUCAAAUUCAAACAUUGCACUUACGCAAUAACAAUUUCAUUGGAGAAUUGCCUUUGUCAUUGAAGAACUGUAGUCGUUUGAAGAUCAUUGAUCUGGGAGAAAAUAAAUUAUCAGGAAAAAUACCAUCAUGGAUAGGGACAAACUUGACAAGUUUAAUUGUUCUUAGUCUGCGGUUGAAUAAGUUGCAUGGACACAUACCUCUAGAAAUUUGCCUUCUCAACUCUAUUCAAAUCUUGGACCUCUCCCAAAACAAUAUAUCUGGGAUUAUUCCGUCGUGCUUAAAUAAUUUUACAGCUUUGGUUUGGCGGAAUAAAUCUAGAGGAAACAUUGCUCAUGGCUAUACUGCUGAUAUAAGUGGUUCUACUGCUUUUCUUAGUAUGUAUGUAGAUAAUGCAUUGGUGCUAUGGAAAGGGAAAGAGAGUGAAUACAAAAAUAAUUUAGCACUAAUAGGAGGCAUUGAUCUUUCUGGCAAUAGAUUAGUUGGAAAAAUUCCUGAAGAAAUCUCGAGUCUUGCAGAAUUAAAUUAUUUGAACUUAUCGAGAAAUGAAUUGAAUGGACAUGUCAUUCAAAAUAUUGGUGAGUUGAAAAUGUUAGAAUCUCUCGAUUUGUCUAGAAAUCAGCUUUCUGGUGAGAUUCCUACAAGCAUCACUCGUUUAGAUUUUCUUGCUGUCUUGGAUUUGUCAAAUAACAAUUUGUCCGGGAAAAUUCCAUCAAGCACUCAAUUGCAGAGCUUUGAUGCCUCUGCAUAUUCUGGAAAUCAUGAACUUUGCGGGCUUCCACUUCCAAAUAAGUGCCCAGGAGAUGAAACAACUCUGGAACCUUCUGUUGUUAAAGAUGAUAUCAUUCAAGGAAAUGAGGAUGGGUUCAUAAACCGAGAAUUUUAUGUGAGCAUGGGGCUAGGUUUUGGGGUUGGAUUUGGUGGAGUUUUUGGCACUUUACUGGUCAAUCGUUCAUGGGAACAUGUCCUUUUCAACUUCUUCAACAAUAUAAAAGAUUGGCUUUAUGUAACAACAGCUGUGAAUAUGGCUAGAUUGAGGAGGCGGCUUCAAAGCUAACAGCCACUUCAACUAAAAGAUGUGACCACCUGUUCCACUUGACAAUAAGUUCCUGCAGUAGGACGCUGAGUUUUGCAUACCCGUUGCUUUUUCUGGAAUUAGUUUGUGUUGAUUGAAGCACCACCAUAUUGUUGUGAUGGGCUAUUAGUAUACAAUGGUUGUGGCCUGUAUGGCAAUCCAAAAUAAAUGUAUUACAUAGUUUGUUGUCUCAUGUCCGUUUCCUUAAACACGAUUACUGAUAAAGUCCUCUUUACCAUAUGAAACUCUGGCUCAGUCUCAUUCUUUAUUUUUAUUUUUAAACUCAAUACGUAAUGUUAUCCUAUAACAAGUUCAGCCCAAAAACGAAGUAUAAGUUUUGCAAGUCAUUCCUUUAGAUGUUAAUCUGUUGCCUUCAGAAAGGGGGAAAAAAAUUUGCAAGUCGGUACUCUAGACGUAAAUAUGUUGCUUCAAUGGAGGAGGGAGAAAAUUAUUAUUAUUGUAAUAAUUAUUAUUUUUUCUUUUUUUGUUUCAACAUGUUCAUUUAGAUUUCAAACAAGGCUGGAGGAGAAUGUUGAUAUAGUAAGGG